GGCGGGGCGGGGCAGGGAGACAGCAUGCUAAACCGGGUGCGCUCGGCCCUGGCGCACCUGGUGAGUUCCGGGGGCGCUCCGCCUCCGAGCCCCAAAUCCCCGGACUUACCCAGUGCGACCACGGCACCACCCGCCGCCGCUCCAGAGGCGCCUAAGGGUCCUCCAGCGAGGCCCGGGAGCAGGAGCGGGGCUCCCGCGAAGACUACAGAGGCUCGAACGAGCUUCUGCAGACCGACCUUCCUGCAGCUGAGCCCCGGGGGGCUGCGACGCGCCGACGACCACGCGGGCCGCGCUGUGCAGAGCCCCCCGGACACGGGCCGUCGCCUGCCCUGGAGCACGGGCUACGCCGAGGUCAUCAACGCUGGCAAGAGCCGGCACAAUGAGGACCAGGCUUGCUGUGAAGUGGUGUAUGUGGGAGGCCGCAGGAGUGUUUCAGGGGCCCCUAGAGAGCCUAGCCGAGGCCAGGGACUCUGCUUCUACUACUGGGGCCUAUUUGAUGGACAUGCAGGUGGUGGAGCUGCUGAAAUGGCCUCUAGGCUGUUACAUCGGCACAUCCAGGAGCAGCUGAAGGACCUAGUAGAAAUACUUCAGGACCCUUCACCACCUCCCCUUUGCCUCCCAUCUACCCCUGGGACCCCAGGUUCCUCGGAUCCCUCUCACUUGGUUGGUCCUCAGCCCUGCUGGUCUGUGCAGAAGGAAGUUACCCAUGAGAGCCUGGUCAUAGGGGCCAUUGAGAAUGCCUUCCAGCACAUGGAUGAGCAGAUGGCCCGAGAGCGGCGUGGCCACCAGAUGGAGGGGGGCUGCUGUGCCCUGGUUGUGGUAUAUCUUCUAGGCAAGGUGUAUGUGGCCAAUGCAGGCGACAGCAGAGCCAUCAUUGUCCGAAAUGGUGAAAUCAUUCCAAUGUCCCGGGAGUUUACCCCAGAGACUGAGCGCCAGCGUCUUCAGUUGCUUGGCUUUCUGAAACCAGAGCUGCUGGGCAGUGAAUUCACCCACCUCGAGUUUCCCCGAAGAAUUCAGCCCAAGGAACUGGGGCAGAUGAUGCUGUACAGGGACCAGAACAUGACUGGCUGGGCCUACAAAAAGAUCGAGCUGGAGGACCUCAGGUUUCCUCUGGUCUGUGGGGAGGGCAAAAAGGCCAGAGUGAUGGCCACCAUUGGGGUGACCCGGGGAUUAGGAGACCACAACCUUAAGGUCUGUGGUUCUACCUUGCCCAUCAAGCCCUUCCUGUCCUGCUUUCCUGAGGUACGAGUCUAUGACCUGACACAGUAUGAGCACUGCCCAGAUGAUGUGCUAGUCCUGGGAACAGAUGGCCUGUGGGAUGUCACCAAUGACCAUGAAGUGGCCACCACAGUAGACAGGGUGCUGUCAGCCUAUGAGCCCAAUGACCCAAGCAGGUACACAGCUCUGGCCCAAGCUCUGGUCCUGGGGGCCCGGGGCACCCCACGGGACCGAGGCUGGCGUCUCCCCAACAACAAGCUUGGUUCCGGGGAUGACAUCUCGGUCUUCGUCAUCCCCCUGGGAGGGCCAGGCAGUUACUCCUGACAGGCAUAGCUUCAGCUGUCCCACUAUCCCCUUUCCCAGCCCAAAUUCUGAAGUUGUUUCCUUGACCCUUCUUUAGUGACAAUUUAACUGACAAAGGGAGGUUAAUAGAACCAGAAUUAUAGCUAUUGGCAAAUAAACCAGAUGAAUAAAGAUG